GUCCCAAUUCCCGCUACACUCUCAGACUCUAAGAGCAGGGCUGGCCUCAACGUUCACUUAGGGAUUCUAAGUGCAUACAGAUUUAAGGGCAAAAUCUCCAGCGCCUCCCAGGCGGACGCAUGCGCUCUUACGCUCGCCGAGGGAGGCGGAGCAUGGAGAUUGACGGCACGCCGCCUGUUGGAGCCUAGUCCCGCCUUCUUCCGGCGUCCGGUGCGGACGCCAUGGUGCGGUUCAAGCACAGGUACCUUCUGUGCGAGCUGGUGUCCGAGGACGCGCGCUGCCGCCUGAGCCUGGACGACCGCGUGCUGGGCGGGCUCGUCCGCGACACGAUCGCCCGGGUGCACGGGGCCUUCGGCGCCGCCGCCUGCUCCGUGGGCUUUGCAGUUCGAUACCUCAAUGCCUACACUGGAGUGGUUUUACUUCGAUGCCGAAAGGAUUUCUACCAGCUCGUGUGGUCAGCUCUUCCUUUCAUCACAUUUUUGGAGAACAAAGGACACCGUUAUCCGUGCUUCUUCAACACAUUACAUGUGGGAGGUACCAUUAGAACCUGUCAGAAGUUCCUGAUUCAGUACAACAAGAGACAGCUGCUGAUCUUGUUGCAAAAUUGCACUGAUGAAGGAGAGCGGGAAGCCAUCAAGAAGUCUGUCUCAAGAAGCUGUCUGCUGGACAGAGAGUCCAUUGAAGAGCUUUCAGACAGUGCUGGUGAGGAGGUUGCAGAAGCAAUGGAGUGAGGGAUUCUCGUUCCAGGCCCACUUGUGGGAACAGGACAUUAUAGGAGGUGACAACAGCAUCCCACAGGUCUCCAAUGGAAAUGACUGACAGCAAGAGUACAAGUGACCAGCUUGAAGUGGAGGGCUUGCUGUCUUGCCUUCCACCCAUGGUUGUGAAGGCUCUGUGCACACAUUUUGUAUGCAAUUGCUUAGCUUGUGGGUGGAAUAAACAUUCUUGGUUUCUAGAAUAACA